GGGGGAAAGUACCCACAGUCGGCCCACGUAGCCGAUCAUAACGCAGUGCAUAUGUGAUGAACCGCAACAUAUGUACCGCCUCUGUGUAAUUCAUCCAAACAACUAACACACUGGUGUACUCGCAACUGGUUUGCGAGUCACUUUUCCCAUUAGCUGAACUUCCGUUAUUUAGAUCGCCAAACUAUUGACGUGGCCUAUCGUAUUCACUUGCGCAGUUCGAACGCGGGUCGUGAAUAUCAUCCUCUAAGCUUGCGCCUCUGAAAGAGAACAUGGGAAAAGUAGAACGUAUAGUCUUUCUGUCGCUCGUUCUUGAUCUCUUUGCAUUUACAAUCCCUCUACCCUUGUUUCCUCGUAUAAUCGAGUGGUAUACUGUGAGAGAAAUUUCCGACCCCAAUGGCCUCCUUUCCAGAACACUGCGGUUUGUUUCGGCGGUGCGAGGCAUCUUCUAUAAGCCACUACAAAACUCCCAGAGAUGGGAUGUAGUUUUCCUUGGGGGUCUGAUGGGUUCCGUUUUCUCCACUCUACAGUUCUUGGUAUCGCCGCAUAUAGGAUCUCUCUCCGACACUUAUGGGCGCAGGAAUGUCCUUUUGGUCACUAUGAUAGGAAAUAUAUUGUCCGCGCUCAUUUGGAUCCAGUCAACCACUUUUGCUUCUUAUAUGCUUUCCCGCGUCGUAGGGGGUCUUAGUGAAGGCAACGUGCAACUUGCUACUGCCAUCCUCUCUGAUAUUUCAACGCCCAGGAACCGAUCUAAAGCCCUUGCCCAUGUUGGAAUUGCGUUUGCUAUCUGUUUUUGUAUUGGGCCCCCGAUCGGAGCCUAUUUUGCCUCGAGGCCAGUUCCCCUAUUUGUAGGGGCUCUACAAAUGGAAUUGAACGUCUACGCGGUCCCGGCAUUAUUGACGCUCGUACUGCUUAUCGCAGAGACUUUGUUCCUAACAGUUGCUCUUCCCGAAACCCGAAAUACCCAACCCGACAAACCAGAAGUCCAUGUCAACGAGAAGUCGAAUGCUGCUUCUGCGGUACGGAGUGUGCAAGAGAGGACUGAAAUUUUGCGGGUCUUGCGCAAGCUCCAUUUCCUUUUCUUAGGAAUCUUCUCAGGCGUGGAAUUCACCCUCACUUUCCUUACCUUCGAUCUAUUCGAUUGGAAUAACAAACAGAACGGAGCAUUAAUUGGCACCAUUGGCAUCAUCAGUGCUCUUUUACAGGGAGGAUACGUCCGUCGUGCUAUCUCCAAAGUAGGAGAGGGGAAAAUGGCACAACGAGGGGUCUCGAGCUGCGCACUGGGCCUCGUGUUCCUAACUAUCCUUCCUCACUUCGUGUCCACUCAACCGAAAAUCGCUGUCGGACUGCUGCGAGCCGCAGCGGUCUGUCUGGCUUUCACUUCCGCGACAGUUGUAAGCUCGCUUACUGCACAUGCCUCCCUCCAGUGCGACGAGGGCUUCGACAAAGAUACAGGCAAACCUGCGGCUGUAUAUCCUGAGUUGGCCAAGGGCAAGGCACUAGGUGAAUUCCGGUCAUCAGGUCAGCUAGGUCGCGCAAUAGGGCCGUUGCUUGCAUGCGCGUCAUAUUGGACCUUCGGGCCGUCUGUUACUUAUGGUGUAAGCGCAAUGGCUAUGUUGACUUUGUCAGCGUCCAUGAAAACCGUCGCCGUUCUACCGGGAAAAUCAUGAUGAGACCGCCGCCGAUCAUCGGAGUGGCGUCUCACACCUAGUCGCAAUCUAGAAAUGCUUUACGGACUUGCAAAGCAUUUGAGGGCGGCGUACUUCUUUAGAGUGAUGUUCUAACCACUGCGGGAAGUCAAUGGAAAAUUAGAUUUCGCACGCGAAUCAGUCCAAUUGUUAUCAAUAUCGAUAUUCUAUAGGAACACUAAUAGAUACGAAUAGAACUUGGUGGAUGACUGU